AUGCCCUCCUUUUUCUCUCUCUCUCCCCCGCGUGCUCUCUCUCCUCCCGACAGCCGUCGCCCUCCUUCCUCGCAACUCCGGCCAUCGGCCACGGAUGCAGACGGGAUCGGUGCCAAAAGGACCGGCUCAGCCCCGGGCGUUACGACCCGGCCCUUCCCCGACAUUUGCCGCCGCCCCAGCCGCCGAAAAAAGAUGAUUUUCAGGCCGGUUUUCGCUCGAUUUUCGCCGGCUUCAUUCUCCGUCGUCCAGCCGCCAUUUUUGGCAAUCCAGGGUAGGAGUCUUGAGUCGAGAUUUGGAGAUUUUCCGGUGAUGGGUAAUCGCUUUGGACACCCAUGCUGGCGGCACGUGGGCACUGUAGCUAAGGGGCAUUUCUGUCCCAAGAUUCGACGGAUCAUGAAAUGGAGUCCCGGAUACUCCGGAAAUGCCAACCCUAGGGUUAGGUUUAUAGUAAUCGUCCGAUCGCGCGAUUGUGCGAUCGUGAGCGAUCCGACCGUCCGAUCUGGACCAAACUUGUAG